CCUGUUGCGUCUCCUCCGAGUCGUUUCAACCGUUUGAAUUCAAGAAGAAGAAGAAGAACAGCAUCAGUUCCAUUAAUUAAAUCAUCCAAAUGAAUCAGAUCUCGUUCCAUUACGUGAUGGCGGUGCUGGUGAUGGCCGCCAUCGCCGUGGUUUCGUCGACGGCGACGGCUGGCCGGAGUGGAAACCCGCGGAUCAGAUGGUCGAAUCACGGCAAUAAUAAUAACCAACGGAGGAGUGGAGCGAUGAUUGCAUCAGCUGAAGCGAGAUCCAGAAACAUUUACAAUUACCAUUUGAUAGCGGAGCACACGUCGCUAUUGAAGGAAGAAGGGAACUUGACAUCAAAGUUCGAAGGCAGCGGUGCUCUGGUCGAUCCUCGUUGUUCCAGUUGCAUUUCCAAUUGCCCUACCAGUUGCUAUCCACCUGGGACGUCACCACCCACUAAACCUCCGUGUCCUACCUGUACACCAACCCACCCAACACCUCCAACCCCUUAUACCCACCCAACACCCCCAACCCACCCAACACCUCCAACCCCUUAUACUCACCCAACUCCCCCAACCCACCCAACACCUCCAACUCCUUAUACUCACCCAACUCCCCCAACCCACCCAACACCUCCAACCCCUUAUACCCACCCAACACCCCCAACCCACCCAACUCCCCCAACCCACCCAACACCUCCAACCCCUUACACCCAACCAACACCCCCAACCCACCCAACACCUCCAACCCCUUAUACUCACCCAACUCCCCCAACCCACCCAACACCUCCAACUCCUUCUACUCACCCAACUCCCCCAACCAACCCAACACCUCCAACCCCUUAUACCCACCCAACACCCCCAACCCACCCAACUCCCCCAACCCACCCAACACCUCCAACCCCUUAUACCCAACCAACACCCCCAACCCACCCAACACCUCCAACCCCUUAUACUCACCCAACUCCCCCAACCCACCCAACACCUCCAACUCCUUCUACUCACCCAACUCCCCCAACCCACCCAACACCUCCAACCCCUUAUACCCACCCAACACCCCCAACCCACCCAACUCCCCCAACCCACCCAACACCUCCAACCCCUUAUACCCACCCAACACCCCCAACCCACCCAACACCUCCAACCCCUUAUACUCACCCAACUCCCCAAACCCACCCAACACCUCCAACCCCUUAUACUCACCCAACUCCCCCAACCCAUCCAACACCUCCAACCCCUUAUACCCACCCAACACCCCCAACCCACCCAACUCCCCCAACCCACCCAACACCUCCAACCCCUUAUACUCACCCAACUCCCCCAACCCACCCAACACCUCCAACCCCUUAUACCCACCCAACACCCCCAACCCACCCAACUCCCCCAACCCAUCCAACACCUCCAACCCCUUAUACCCACCCAACAACCCCAACCCACCCAACUCCCCCAACCCACCCAACACCCCCAACCCACCCAACACCUUCAACCCCUUAUACUCACCCAACUCCCCCAACCCACCCAACUCCCCCAACCCACCCAACACCUCCAACCCCUUAUACUCACCCAACUCCCCCAACCCACCCAACACCUCCAACCCCUUAUACCCACCCAACACCCCCAACCCACCCAACUCCCCCAACCCACCCAACACCUCCAACCCCUUAUACCCACCCAACUCCCCCAACCCAUCCAACACCUCCAACCCCUUAUACUCACCCAACUCCCCCAACCCACCCAACACCUCCAACUCCUUAUACUCACCCAACUCCCCCCGUAUGA